AAAUAGCCCAAAGACCCACUGAGGGAGAUGGACAUUGUUUCCCAGAAGCAAAUACAGUGCAGCUUGUACUUUGGAACAAUUGGUCAAUCUUGCUAUUUGCACAAACUAGCAGAGGUUAUGCAGUGCCUGAGCAUGAUCAUGGCAGAAUCACCGGGUCUCCUCACCAUCUGCCUUUUAGGAUAUCUACUCAGUGCUGAAUGUACAGUUUUUCUCGAUCGUGAAAAUGCCACCCAAAUUCUGAGUCGUCUGAAAAGGUAUAAUUCAGGUAAAUUGGAAGAGUUCAUUCAAGGGAACCUUGAGAGAGAAUGCAUAGAAGAAAAGUGUAGUUUUGAAGAAGCACGAGAAGUUUUUGAAAACACUGAAAAAACUACUGAAUUUUGGAAGCAAUAUGUUGAUGGAGAUCAGUGUGAAUCCAGUCCAUGUUUAAAUGGUGGCAUGUGCAAGGAUGACAUUAAUUCCUAUGAAUGUUGGUGUCAAGCUGGAUAUGAAGGGAAGAACUGUGAAUUAGAUGCAACAUGCAACAUUAAGAAUGGCAGAUGCAAGCAGUUUUGUAAAAAGGGUGCUGUAAACAAGGUGGUUUGUUCCUGUACUACAGGAUACCGACUUGCAGAAGACCAAAAGUCCUGUGAACCAGCAGUGCCAUUUCCAUGUGGAAGAGUUUCUGUCUCACACACUACUAUGAAGCUCACACGUGCUGAGACUAUUUUUUCUAAUAUGGACUAUGAAAAUUCUACCGAAGUCGAAACAAUUUUGGAUAACAUCACUGAAAGCACCCAAAUAUUUAAUGACCUCUCUCGAGUUGUUGGUGGAGAAGACGCCAAACCAGGUCAAUUCCCUUGGCAGGUCCUUCUGAGUGGGAAAAAUGGUGCGUUCUGUGGAGGUUCCAUCAUUAAUGAAAAAUGGGUUGUAACUGCAGCCCACUGUAUCGAACCUGGUGUUAACAUUACCAUUGUUGCAGGUGAACAUAACACUGAGGAGACAGAAGAUACAGAGCAAAAGCGAAAUGUGAUUAGUGCUAUUCCUCACCACAGCUACAAUGCAACUAUUAAUAAGUACAGCCAUGACAUUGCCCUUCUGGAACUGGAUAAACCCUUAUCACUUAACAGCUAUGUAACACCUAUUUGCAUUGCAGACAGGGAAUACACGAACAUCUUCCUCAAAUUUGGAUUUGGCUAUGUAAGUGGCUGGGGGAAAGUUUUCAACAGAGGAAGAUCAGCUUCCAUUCUGCAGUACCUUAAAGUUCCACUUAUUGACCGUGCCACAUGCCUUCGGUCCACAAAGUUCACCAUCUAUAAUAACAUGUUCUGUGCCGGCUUCCAUGAGGGAGGUAAAGAUUCAUGCCAAGGAGAUAGUGGGGGACCCCAUGUUACUGAAGUGGAAGGCACCAGUUUCUUAACUGGAAUUAUUAGCUGGGGCGAAGAGUGUGCUAUGAAAGGAAAAUAUGGUGUAUAUACCAAGGUAUCCCGGUAUGUCAACUGGAUUAAGGAAAAAACAAAGCUCACUUAAAAGAAAAAGGUAUUCCCAAGGUUGAUGUUUUGGGGAUUAAAAACGGACAAGGUCCUUUACCAACUAAUCACUUUCCCAUCUCUUUAGAUUUGACUAUAUACGUUAUAGGAAUACUGCUUUUUCUCUUUCUGGGGUGAAGUCUAUCUAGAAUUCAUAUUUUACUAGAAUAAAUAGAUUAGAAAAUGUAAUCACUGGAGAUACAUACUGUGGUAGGAAACUGUCCAUUCCUGCAAGUCCAGCCCUUGACAGGAUUCUACAAUUAAAUUCAUCCUGCCCAUCAAGCAUUGUUUAUGCACUGGGGCAACUCCCUGAUUCUUCCUCAGCAGCAUUCCAUGUUCCAGAUCUUUCUUACCUCUCCCACCAAAACAUCAAGAUUUAUUAAAUCUCUGUGCAGGAUAUUUGGUCUAGUCCAUCACAAGGCCAGCAUCACACUUAGGAAAGAACACAGAAGCAGCUGACAGGCUAAAACUUAACAGCAACAUUACUUCUUUUUCUGUACCCUUAGUCCUGCAUCUUGCCCAACUCCUAAUUCCCAAAUCAGCUAAUCCCUUUCUUUCUCCCUCUCCCCCCUUUUCCCUACACAGGCAUUAUAGGAGGCAGGGGAAGCAUCGUGCCGCUUUACCACUGCGCAGUUAGACAUGGCCGUCAAACCCACGCUUGCAUUCGGUUUGCUCUUGUACUUGCUUUUCAGAGCAUAGGGAUGACUGAGCAACUGGGGGCAAAAGUUCCUCUUAGAGAAUCAAGUUAUUAAAAUUUACACAUAAUGGAAGGAAUGACCAUCAGAAUAGUUCCCUAAGCACUUGUGAUUGUGUUGUUGUAGGGGUCUGACUAGAGAUGGUUCCAUGAAGGCAAAUUGGCAUGUCAUUGCAACUAAGAAAGUUGCCAUCAACCCACUUGUGUCAUCCUCCAUCUGAAAAGUUGUUAACAGAAAGAGGAGAACAGUGUUUGUAAUCUAGAACUAGCAGAGUCUUCAAGGAAGAAGAAGGGUGUGCCAGGCUCACAGACAUGAGGCAUUCCAGUGAGCCACUCACUUCCCUUUUUCUGGCUGCAUGGUCACCAAGCAACUUUUUAAAAAUUAUAAUUAGUUCUCCUAUAUUGCAUUUUCUAGAGGUUGCUGACCAACCAACACAUGUACCUCAAUCUGUUAGACUAUUUCCCUCUAUCAGUUAAUAAGCUGGUGUUCUGAAUCAUACCUCGGCUUUUUGUGAAUUUGGUUAAUGUGAAUUGGUCACCCUGUAUGUGAUUAUGGGACUUCUGACAAAAUCAUGUUGGGGACCACUUGAACCCCAUCAAGCUGUUUUCUCCUGUCCUCACUUCACCCCAGCCAGACCUCACUCUUGCUGAUUUAUUUCAAGUUAUUCUAGUUAAUACCUGUUUAGUCUUUCAAACAUAAAUAUCAAUAAAUGUGUUUUUAAAUUUCUCAAAAAA